ACCAAUAAAAAUGGUUGUGUUGUUUGUUUUUUGAUGUGUUUGUAUUUAUCUUUUACAUUUUACAACAAAAUCUCAAUAAAAACUUAAGCGAAACAUACAUUAAUUAAUUAACUACCAUUUCAUAGCACCAUGGCGAAGGUCGAGCAGCCGUUGUUUGUGUUACCAAAGAAGAGAAAUGGAAAAAAGCUAAUUAAUGUACCAACUCAUGUUGAUCACAUUAUUAGCGUUCAGGGAGCUGAUACAGAUCUCCCUUCAAAAUACAAGAAUGGUUACUCAUCUCCAGUCACCGAACAUGUUGUCAAUGGCAUCAUACACUCUACAAUGGAAGGACUCAAGUCCAACAUGAAAAUAAAUCUCCCCAUCAUCACAGAUGUCCAUGAGGAAGAAACUAAUGAGUCCAACAUUGAUUCAGAGCCAGAAAAGCCACAAAACAUCUCUAAAGGUGGAUAUAUACCUUUAUCAACUCUCACAAGCAGUCGUGAAAUUAUUGAUCUGUCUCCAAUUUAUGAGAACUCUUCUGAUGCAUGCUCCAGCCAUGAUGACCUCAGGGAACACCAUGACUAUGACAUUCAGAAGAGCUGCAAAGCCCUCAACUCUGACCAUGAGUCAUCAGCAACUCCAAACAGCAUGUCACAAACACAGUCUGAAAACAGCUUUGAAAUGGGUAACCUUACUGACAGCCUAAAGGGCAGUGCUAAAAGGAAGAAGAGAGUCAACAUUGUCUCUGAGAUAACAGAAAUGGAUAAUGCUGAUAGCGAAAUCACAGCUCUGAGAGUAGCAUCUGAAGGUUCUCUUUCCACUGACUGCUCUCUGUCAGAUAACAAAGGCUACCUGACCAUGACGGGGACCAUCAAAAGAGGCAAGAAGAAGGGACAGAAUGUUGAUGUGAAACUCAACAUUUCACGUGAAGAGCUUGAAAUGAUUGAAGCUGCCAUUGUAGCUGAAGAGUACAAUAAGAUGGAUAUUUCCAAAUGCUCUGCUCAUAAUGGACCUCAUGUGUUUUUGUUCAGUCUGCUGUGCAUACCGGUGGUGGCUAGUAUGUCUGCUCUAUACUCUUUCUACAUGGGAACUAUGACCUGGUACAACAUAUUCACUCAUGUUACUGAGAAUCUCCACUGGAUGAAAAAAGCUUUGCUAUCACCAAUAGUGAUUUUGUCAUAUCCAUUUUUGAUAACAAUAUUUACACUUGGAGUAGGUCUGUAUGCAGGUGUUGUACAGCUUACCUUCAGUAGCACUAAUUGGUGGAAAGAAGUCUGUGAUUUUGAAAAGGGUUUUUACGGAUGGCUUUGUAAUGUGUUGGGAGUUUCUGAAUGCAGCCCUUAUGAGGUUGUGAUUCUGAUGGAUGUCAAGCCAACUUAAUUUGUCAAGUAACUAUUUCUAGUAUUGAUCAUCUGGAUUCGUCUAAAUAAUGGCAAAGUAGCUUAAGUUGACUGAUUUAUUUACGAAACUGUGUGGAUUAAGGUUUUUGUGUGUGUGAUUGUCUAUUUAAUCUAUUACUAUACAUUCCAGAAUAGCUUGUAUUGACCCUUUAGUUAGGCAACUUGCUGAGCCUAAAAAUAUUUUCUUCCAUUUGCUCAAUAGCUUCCAUUCUUAUAAGAAAUGUAUAGAUUUAAGUAAUUUGCACUAAACCUAAGCAUGACCAUGUAAUGAUGUUAACUUGGAAGUAUUGCCCAAUGCUUAUGUUCAGUGCAAAUAGCCAUGAGUUGCCAUACAUAAUACUCUUAAUAUUAAAUCUCAUUAUUUUGAUAUUUUUACAUAUCCAUAAGACAUAAGAAAUUAUUUUAGGAUUAAAAUGAAAGAAGUUGCAUAAACAAUUGAUUACAUCUCAAGUUUAUUGCUAUACAUUUUUGUAAAUCUAUAAAUUAGCAGCUAAAGUGUUUUUAUAGUGUUUUUGCAAUGUACGACUAUUCAUAAUCAAUAUUUAUGUACUAAAGACUGAUGUAUUCUAGUCACUAUUGUGGUAUGCAAUUUAUAUGCAAUGUAAUAAAAAUAUUUUACAAACUCAAAA